AUUAUCGAGGUCCUUCACUUGGUGACAGGAAUCGUCUGUGAUGCGAGACAGACCUACUUUCCGAGGCCAAUCCUUGACCGCGGAUCAAGCGACUUCCGUCGAUGUACAGAGGCCACCGCCGACGGACUCGGACUUAGGCUUCGUCAUACCCCGAAUACUAGGAUUGGAUGGUCUGUUCCACCACCACAUACCCUAUGGAAGUCUCAAAGGUGCGCAAUACGCUGCAGGGCUCUUGAAAUGGGUGGGACAUCACGGCGAGCACAGUCAGUGGUCGUAUAAAAAGAGCAAGGCUGGAUGAUGAUGCAGAGUCUGUGUUCAUCCAACGCAUUCUCUCAACAAGAUAACCAAGAUGUUGUCUCCCAAAGUUUGGUUCAUUACUGGAUCUUCUACUAGUAGCGGGUUUGGCCGGGAACUAGUGUUGGGAAAGGGCGAUACCGCCGUCGCCACGCUUAGAAACCCACCGGACGUCGCUGAUCUCGCGGCCAAGUACAGCUCCGACCAAUGUCUGGUCAUCAAGCUCGACGCGUACGUGUCCGAGCCGCAGGAGGUUACGUCCGCGUUCCAUGACGCCGUGCAGAAGUUCGCCGAAUACGGCAUCCUUGCGGAGGUGGAGGGAACACCUGAGGAGCAAUCGCGCGCGAUGUUCGACGUGAACUUCGGGGCCGCGAAUGUCAACAGGGAGGCCGUGCGCAUCUUCCGCGGCGUCAAGCCAUAGGGCGGCCGGCUGCUGCAGAUGAGCUCGGUCGCCGUCUACACCAGCUCUGCAUCCUUGGGUCAAUACGGUGCGAGCAA